AAAAAAAAACAACAAAAAAAAAAACCCUCAUGACCAAAAAAAAAAAAAAAAAAAAAAAAAAAAAAAAAAAAAAAAAAAAAAAAAAAGGUGCUGCUUUCCUGUCUGUUCUAUGAAUCCCAGAGGUCUAUCCUACACCACCUAUUUUUGUUGUUGUUCUCCCUGGCACAGUUUUGCAGCCCCUGCUGUUCUUCUAGAUUAUGCUGCAACUUCACAAUUUCCCCUACGUGACUCUGAAAAAUUAUAGACAGUGCAGGUCUGGAGAUGAACUGAGAUGGGGAGUAGAGGGACUCCUUGAAACUUCAGGGUGGAGGAAUAUGGGGACCCUAGAGACAGCCAGUGUUUGGUGAGUAGUUUGCUCUUAGAUAAGCAAGAGUUAAGGAAUAUCUUCCAAGUGGUUUUCCCUUGGGCAGUGUUCAAAGAAAGACACUCAGCAGAGUCAAAGCUUAGACAGGUUCCUGGGUAGCCUUUACCCUGAGGAUCUGAAGGGUCUGAGGAGGCAGCAGCUACUUGGAACAGGUCCAGAAGCAUCUCAUUAAGCUUUUGAUGAAUGAUUUAUGUUCCCUGCAGCUCUUCAGGCCUGACUCUUCCCAAGAAGCCACUCCUUCUGCACACUUCCCUAAAUGUUGGUAAGUUCAUAUCCUAUAUAAGCCCCUAUGUAAAGUCACUGACCCAUUUCCACUGCUGCUCUCUCGUCCGCUGCUCUGAAGCCUAAACCAUGGUGCCCAGAAUUUUUGCUGCCGUCUUCAUUUUUGAACUUCUGAGUUCAAACUCAGAAGGAGUCACAGAUCCUAGACUGUGGCUAUGCCAGCCAGCGCCCAGGUGUGGGGACUGGACCUACAACCCCUUGGAGCAGUGCUGUGAUGAUGGUGUCGUCCUAGACUUGAAGCAGACCCGGCCCUGUGGCUCCAGCUGCACCUUCUGGCCCUGCUUCCAGCACUGCUGCCUGGAGUCUUUGGGCUCUCAGAACCAGGCAGUUGUGAGGUUCAAGGUCCCAGGUAUGAAGCCAGAUUGCAAGUCCUCCCCUAUCACCAGGAUCUGUGCCCAGGAAUACCACCCAAAAAGCCCUCUGUCAAGAUCUGACCUCAUCUAGACUGUUCUGGGGUAGCAGAGUCACAGAUCACUCUAGAAUCUAAUAUUUGGUAAUUAUACUGCAUUGAUUUUGUUGUUGUUGUUGUUGUUGUUGAGACAGAGUCUCGCUCUGUUGCCCAGGCUGGAGUGCAGUGGCACGAUCUCAGCUCACUGCAACCUCUGCCUCCGGGUUCAAGCAAUUCUCCUGCCUCAGCCUCCUGUGUAGCUGGGAUUACAGGCAUGCAUCACCACGCCUGGCUAAUUUUUGUAUUUUUAG